CGACGAAACGCGACUCAGUACAGGUUUAAAUCUCGACGCGACGGCGAUCAUCUAUCGACCCGGGAAGCAGUGCUUGAACAGUGAUGAAGUCAACUGUAAGUCUUUGUUUGGCGAUUUUGUUGUUGGUGCUGUCCGCCACUACUUUGGAAGCCCGUCGUAAAAAUCGAAAGCGGGACCAAAAUGUGCACAUUGAAAUUUACUACCCUAAAGGAUUGAUGGUUUGGUACCCGAAGCAACGGGGAAUGGUCGGUUUCGGAGUUGAGAUUUUCCUCAACCAGAAGUACGAAGAUUCAGAGGAGCCCAAAUGUGACAUUUGUCUGAAUACGACGGAUGUUUCCUACGGGAAAUUCAUGAUUCACAACGACAAUGCCAUCAUUCGAGCCGGCGAUCAUCUCAUGUACAGGGCAAUCAAGCAAAAGAUCAACGGGUCAGCCUACGUUGCGAAGAGCAACGAGUUCUAUGUGGCAGAGAGCCGUAUCUUACCUCAACUGGAAGAAUGCUCUUCUCCUAUGCCCACAACCAGAUCGAGUAAUGAUCAAUCGAACAUUGCCAUGCUCCAAGACGACGUCACCUUGUUGGAAAACAUUGUUUACGAUGCGUUCCAGCAUUGCAACAACGUCACGCAAACCAGCAAGAAUCUGUACUUGAACUUCCGUCCGGUGGAAACUCGUCUCAAUUCGAAGGCGCUGUUCGAUUACACACUGGAUAUGCUAAAGGAGAUGCUUCCGAAGAUCGACUGGGACACGGUACUGGUGAAUGCUUUCUACUACGAAGACGGAGUUGGGUUUGAAGUGAAGACUUUGAUUGAUAAGCUGAAGGCCCUGCAGAUGUCCAAGAAUCUAGGUGAACAUACUGUCACUGAUUUGGAUGAUUUGGAUCAGUUCGUGGAUGACGAGAGCAAUGAAAUAAGUUUCCAUGAUGUACGUAGCAAUUAUUAAUGGUAAUCGUAACGUAAUGAUGCAUCCGAAAGAGUACAUAUAAAUCCUAACUGACGAUUCGCUUUAUCGUUGGUGCAAACUUGAAUUUAACAUAAGUCGCGGGCAACAUAAAUUGGCAUACAUGUUUAAAGCUGAGAUUAAAAUAUCUUAUUAUUGAUUUGUGAAUGACAUGCUAUAAUCUGAAUGAUUUUGAU